AUGUACUCGAAACAGAUUCUCCAGCAACUGCUCGUUGCAGUUGCCAUCGUCUCCGUGGCUCAGUCAACAUGGCUAGAUUUGAACAAGAUUGAUGUCCAGGCCCUCGCUGCACGCCAGCUCAGCGACCUGGUCGGAGGAACCUCAGCUUCUGAAUCGUCAACCCAAAGCACACCUACUACGGAAUCUACGCCUAGCUCAACGAGCACUCCAUCCAGCUCGCCAACAUCUACGCCAUCCUCCACUCCCGCCACUCCCACCACCCCGUCUUCCAGUUCUUCUAGCACUCCGUCAUCUACUCCAGCUAGUGCCACGCCAUCCGCUACUCCCGAGGCAACCUCGUCUUCAGCUAGUACUCCAUCCUCCACCUUUGUUCCGGUACAAACCACGAGCUCGAGCAGCACACCGACUUCGAGCACACCUACCCCUGUUGUUCAGACGAGUGUCGAAGUAUGGACCACGACCAAUACUAACGGAUCCAAGACCGUUUUAUCGUCAACGACAAGGACGACCUCUACCCCUGGCCUCACUUCUGGAGAUGGCGAGACCACUGGCAUGUCCACAAAGACUCGAAAUACAGUUAUCGGCGUCGUUGUCGGAGUUGGUGGUGCGAUCGUCUUAGGUGCUCUUGGAUUGGUAGCCUGGCGUAUCUGGGGACGCAAGAAGCACAGCGAGGAGAACGACGGCCUCAUGGCCUAUGAUAUGUCUGCUACUGGAGGCGUGGAGAAGUCUGAGCGAGGCAGUAGUGCUGGCGGUGCUCAUACCCAGCGCAGCCCCUUCCAGUCUACUCUGGAAAACUACCAUCAGCCUAGUCAGGUUACUGCAUCGUCCAACUUUUAA